AUCCCCCCAGUUUGAACACAACACAACUCAAAUCUAAUCUAAUCUCUCCUCUCAUUUGUUUCAAAGAAACAAAAACAAUGGCAACUUCCGCAACAAACUCAGCCAAAGAAUCCAAUACCGGCCUCGAACCACAGGUCUCCAUUGACAGCAACGAAGAGCUUCAAAAAAUCUUCAACCGAUUCGACUCCAAUGGCGACGGCAAGAUCUCGCUCUCCGAACUCGGCGGCGUUCUGAAGGCCAUGGGCUCCAACUACACAGAGACCGACCUCAAGACCGUAAUGGAAGAUCUCGACACCGACAAGGACGGAUUCAUCAAUUUAUCGGAGUUCUCCACCUUCUGUCGCUCCACCUCCGAUUCCAACGGCGAAGCGGAGCUCCGCGACGCGUUUGACCUCUAUGAUCAGGACAAGAACGGCUUGAUUUCCCAUAAGGAAUUGUAUUCGGUGUUGAGUAGGCUGGGAAUGAAGUGUUUGGAGGACGAAUGUGUGAAGAUGAUCAAGUCCGUUGAUUCGGAUGGGGACGGGAUGGUUAAUUUUGCGGAGUUUAAGAAGAUGAUGACCGCUUCUAUUACUAAAAAACCUGAGCCGUAAAUUUUGAUUUAGCGGUGAUUGGGGUCUGUGCAUGAUCUAUGCUUGUUUGCGUAACAAGGUAUCGUUUUAGUCUCUCAUCCGAUAAUGAUAAUGAAUUUCGUGAUGUAUUUCGAAGGUUUGUGCAAGUUGAAUGAAAUGAAAUUAAUUUCAUGUUUAUUUUUCAUUUU